AUAAAUCCAACGCUCUCUUGGUCAGUCUUGUGAAGUCGUCUCUCUUUUUUUUCUCCUCGCUACGGCUCCUUUUCAGUAGUAAUUUAUUUGACCCAACAUUGGCCAUUGCUCUUUCUCUGCUACUCCUCUUAUUCCCAAUGCCAGAAGCAGAUAUUUUUCCUUUGAACCCAUAAUUCUGCUGGAGUUAUCAGGUUCAGUAUCAGAGGGAUGGGGACUUUUGAAAAAGAUGAGAUGCCGAUGUUAUCACCAUCAUUUCCGCAGUCUGAUGAAAGUGAUGGCUUUCAAAAUCGGCGUUUUACGUACAGGACAAGGAGUGCAUCCCUAUCAAUGCCAAUGAGCUCUAUGGAUUCCUUUGAAAAUGAUAGUAGUUUUGUAGGUUAUACUGGUCCUUUGAGAAGUGAGAGGCGAACGUCAUUGGUUCAUAUGAGCGGGCCAUUAUAUAUUAGUCGCAAGCCUGAGAAUAGCUUUCGGCCCACUCCCGCUGCAGUAGUGCACAAACCAACUCUGCCUACAACAGAAAAAUAUCCUUCAAUUGGCAGCGCGGAACGAAAUGGUUGGCCUAAUAAUGACUACACUGGAAAAAAUGAACAUCUAUUGAAGUCUGGACAACUGGGCAUGUGCAGUGAUCCUUACUGCACAACAUGCCCAACCUAUUACCAUUUGAAAGCACGGCAAAAAAAUUCAAAGUCUUCAGAUAUAAUAGAUCACAGGUUCCAUAAUAUGCUGUAUGGAGAUGCAAAAGGAUGGGCAAAGAGAACUUGUUCUUUCUUGCAUCCAUAUAUUCCUGGUGUCAUGAAUCCUCAUGCGAAGAUUGUCCAGAAGUGGAACAAAUUUUUUGUCAUCUCAUGCCUAUUUGCAGUAUUUAUAGAUCCCCUGUUCUUCUUUUUGCUUUAUGUCCAACAGGGGAACAAAUGUAUAGUGCUAAAUUGGCCCAUGACAACAACUAUUGUGAUUUUGAGGAGCAUCACUGAUAUCGUUUACUUAAUUCACAUCCUUCUUCAGUUCCGCUUAGCUUAUGUUGCUCCUGAAUCUAGGGUGGUGGGAGCAGGUGACCUGGUUGACCACCCUAAAAAGAUUGCUAUAAAUUAUCUUUCUGGAUACUUUGUCCUUGACUUUUUCGUCGUACUACCACUUCCUCAGAUCAUCAUAUUAUUGGUUUUGCCCAAGUCUAUUGGAUCAUCUGGGGCAAAUUACGCGAAGAAUCUAUUGAGGGCAGCUAUACUACUCCAGUACAUUCCUAGGUUGUACAGGUUUUUGCCUUUGCUAGCUGGCCAGUCUCCAAGUGGUUUUAUAUUUGAGUCAGCAUGGGCAAAUUUUGUCAUAAAUCUUCUCACUUUUGUUCUAUCGAGUCAUGUGGUGGGAUCAUGCUGGUAUCUUUUUGGUUUACAGAGGGUGAAUCAAUGCCUUCGAGAUGCUUGUCGUAGCUCAAACAUAGCAAGGUGUACAGAAUUCAUAGACUGUGGUCAUGGCACUGAUUACAGAAAGUUUCGGUUGGAUACAACAUGGGACCAGUGGAAGAACAAUUCUGAUGCAGUUGCUUGUUUUACUAAUGGUGGUUUUGACUAUGGAAUCUAUGAACAAGCUGUUAAUCUAACCGCUGAAGGGAGUGUUGCCACAAGAUAUGUGUACUCAUUGUUUUGGGGCUUCCAGCAAAUUAGUACACUAGCUGGCAAUCAAAUCCCGAGUUAUUUUGUGUGGGAAGUUAUUUUCACUAUGGCUAUCAUCGGAAUGGGACUCCUACUUUUUGCCCUCCUGAUUGGAAAUAUGCAAAACUUUCUGCAGUCUCUAGAUCGCAGGAGGUUAGAAAUGUCUCUGAGACGUCGUGACGUUGAACAAUGGAUGAGCCAUAGGCGCUUGCCUGAAGAACUGAGAAGGAGAGUUCGGGAGGCAGAGAGAUAUAAUUGGGCAGCUACCAGAGGGGUCAAUGAAGAAAUGCUACUAGAGAAUCUUCCUGAAGACCUUCUAAGAGAUAUACGGAGACAUCUUUUUAACUUCAUCAAAAAGGUUCGGAUAUUUGCACUUCUAGAUGAACCCAUCAUAGAUGCCAUCUGUGAGAGAUUAAGACAGAAAACAUACAUAGCAGGAAGCAAAGUUUUAUACCGUGGUGGUCUGGUUGACAAGAUGGUUUUCAUAAUUCGGGGUAAGAUGGAAAGUAUUGGAGAAGAUGGAAAUGUGGCCUCCUUGUCUGAAGGGGAUGCCUGCGGGGAAGAACUCCUCACAUGGUGCCUUGAGCACUCUUCGAUAAACAGAGGUACUCUCCAUAAUAUUCAAAUUAUCACUGAAAGCUCCUUUGACUCAGCUAUCUUUUCUCCUCUUGAGGCUCAGCUACCCCUUUUUCCCCCUCAAGAUGGGAAAAAGAUCAGAAUUCCAGGACAUAGAUUACUGAGCAACAGACUUGUUAGGUGCCUAACAAAUGUUGAAGCAUUUAUAUUGCGAGCUGCAGAUCUUGAAGAAGUCACUAAUCUUUUCGCAAGAUUCUUGAGGAGUCCACGUGUUCAAGGUGCCAUAAGGUAUGAAUCGCCAUAUUGGCGAGGGCUAGCAGCAAGGCGGAUACAAGUUGCCUGGAGAUACAGGAAGAAACGUCAAAGCCGAGCGGACUCUUCCAGCCCCCAACACUAAUAUCAUUCUUACACUGUACUAUUUCACAAUAACUCAUUAGCUCUUCUGAAAUACAUUUAAAUAUAAAUUGUAGUAGUUAUUUUAGUCUGUAUAUCUAGUUCUAUUUUUUGUAUGUAGUACAGAAUAUAGUAGUGGUUGUCAAUCAAAACUCGGACUGAAAUUUUGUAUUGAAAUAAUCCAUAUAUUAACCCUAGAUGCAGUUGAUAAUA